AUGGUGCUGUUUGUCGAGCGUGGUAUACGCGGCGGUCUCAGCCAAUGCUCCAACCGAUACGCCGCCGCCAACAACAAAUACAUGUCAUCGUACGAUCCAUCGGAACCAUCAUCGUACCUAAUGUACUUUGAUGUAAACAACUUGUACGGCUGGGCAAUGUGUCAACCGUUGCCCUACGCCAAAUUUCGAUGGGUCGAAAAUGUCGAAAAAUUUGACGUAAUGCCUGUUGCAUCUGAUUCGGCUACCGGUUAUAUGCUGGAAGUCGAUCUCGAAUAUCCGGUGAAUCUUCACGACGCGCACGCCGACCUGCCGUUCUGCCCGACGCGCGAUAAGCCGCCCGGCAAGCGGGAACUCAAGUUACUCGCAACGCUGUACGAUAAGCAGCGUUAUGUCAUUCACUACCGUAAUCUGCAGCAAUGCGUGCUACAUGGUCUGCGAAUUGCAAAGAUUCACCGCAUACUGCAAUUCGUGCAAUCUCCAUGGCUCAGCAGAUACAUAGAAUUAAAUACGCAGUUUCGGACACGGGCGACAAACGAUUUCGAGAAAAAUUUAUACAAAUUGAUGAACAACGCGGUUUUUGGCAAAACCAUGGAGAAUGUGCGAAAUCACACGGAUGUACGGCUCCUUACACAGUGGGAGGGUCGGUACGGUGCGGAGACUAUGAUCGCCAGACCAAAUUUCUACAGUCGAAGCGUGUUCUCGGAGAAUCUAGUCGCCGUAGAGUUGCGAAAACUCGAAGUGAAAUUCGACAAGCCGAUCUACCUGGGUAUGUGUAUCCUCGACAUAUCCAAGACCUGCUUGUACGAGUUUCACUACGAGUACAUGGCGCCUCUCUAUGGCAACAAUUGUAAAAUUUUGUAUACCGAUACCGACAGUCUGAAAUACUUUCUACAUUGCGAGGACGUAUAUCACAAUAUGAAACGCGAUAUAUCCAAAUUUGACACGAGCGACUACUCCGAGGACAACGUUUACGGUAUACCGCGCGCCAACAAGAAAAUACCCGGUCUGAUGAAAGAUGAGAAUAACGGCGCGAUCAUGACGGAAUUUGUCGGACUGAGAGCGAAGAUGUACGCGUUGAGAGUCACCGGACAAAAAGAUACAAAAAAGGUGAAAGGCGUAAAGAAAAAUAUAGUCGCUAGAACGAUAACGUUCGACGAUUACACUCGGUGUCUCAACGACGAAAUCGAGUUGACGCGGCGUCAAUCGUGCAUCCGCUCAAAGAUGCACGAAGUGUACACCGUGUCGGAGUCGAAGCUCGCGCUCAGUCCGUACGACGAUAAGCGGCACGUCGUAUCCGGUUCCACCGAUACUCUACCGCGGGGACAUUAUAAAAGACAAUUGUAA